CUUCGUCUUUCUUUCAUUCGUCAAUAACAUUUGUAUGCUUUUCUUUUUUACCCAUCUUCACACCACUAAGCACCAUCUUUAACUUCAGCUUUCUUCUUUUCAUUAUCAACUCGAACCUGACCAGUACCUUAACAUUUCCCACCAUGGCCCCCUUCUCUUCAUAACUCGCCCCUGUGUUCCAAGCCUAACAAGAACCUCCCCCUUCUCCACAAAGACAGCACCAUUUAGAAAAAACAUUUUGCCCUGCCUAAAAAGCUUAACUCUUGUUAGCCCAUUAUCCCGCUCUCAUUGACGUUGUCUGUGCAAACAACAGCUAUCCCACCAUGAUCCGGACAUACCAGCCCACUUCCACCCACACCUACAUCUAUAGAAGACACUACCAAAGACACUUAUCCGUACGCGCCACCAUCGAAACUACCAUCCUUAUCGGUCCCACAUCUGAACCAUUCAUCCUCCAAUGAACACCAUCGUUCGUCCGUCGAAUAAUCCCAUGACUAUCCCAAACACGCCCUCCUUACUAGCAACCAGCAACCCUCGGCUGACCCAGUCUGCUGACACACUGGACUCGGCACUGGCGCAGUUCGGCAAGCUUGCUGCCUCAAUUGAGAACAGAGUCGUCGCUCCAGGUCUCCUCAAUGCAGGCAAGGGCUUUGACGAAUGGCUCGCGAGCGAUAUCCAAUACGGUGCUUUGCUAUACGGCGACGAAUCACCUCUCAAUUCUUCUGCGACAUCACCACUCUUCAGAUACCCAACUUCGUCCCAGCCACUCUCCUAUGGUUCCCAGAGCCUAACUGCAGAGGAUUUGGGCCUUGGUCCCGUCGAGAAGGCCGUGCCACUGGGGUUGACGACCACUAAGCUGCAGCAGGCUGCUGCAGUUCUCAACAUUCCCUGGAGCGAGGAACUCGAAAGGGCCGUUCUGGAGCAGACAAAGAUUCCUUCUAUGUCUCCAUUGAACCGGAGCGUGUCUCUGCAGUCGCCCUCAAGCGCGAUAAAGACCAAUAACACGAGCAAGCGCCCCCAUGCAGCCGAGGAAGAAGAGUCGGACGAGGUAUUGGCCAAGCGUGUCAAGAACACCGAUGCGGCUCGCCGGUCACGUCUCAAGAAGCUGAUCAGGCUGAAGGAACUGGAGACUAAGGUGGCCGAGCUGGAGACGACCAACCACGGGUUGAACACAAGGAUCGCAGUCCUUGAGACGGAGAAGAACGGGUUUCUCAUUAAGGAGGCCGAACAGAAUGCGCGCAUCGCACAGCUGGAGACCAAAAUCAUAGAGGCACAUUUCGCGUUGAAGACGUGCAGUUAGUUGUAUGCCUGCAAAAGCAAUGAGGAUGCAAGUUACCGAAAUAAAAAUCAAGGAGAU